GGUCGGACGAGCUGAACGCGGCGGCGGGCGGGUACUCGGGCUCGCCGUGGCCGCCGCUCGAGCUCGACCCGGUGGGAUGGGGACGGAAGCUGUACCCGCCGGCCGCGCCGAGGUCUUCAGGAGGCCUCAUGUUCGGCCUGCACCACCAGGACGCGGGCGGGCUGCACGCUCAGCCGCGCGGCCCCGUCACGUCGCUCAAAGAAGAGCCGCUCACUCGAGCCUGGAUGACGCCCAGCUCACUAGUUGACAACACCAAUACCGUGGGCGUCGGACGCGCGCACUUCGAGAAGCAGCCGCCGAGCAACCUGCGCAAGAGCAACUUCUUCCACUUCGUGGUGGCGCUGUACGACCGCUCCGGCCAGCCUGUUGAAAUCGAGCGCACCGCCUUCAUCGGCUUCAUUGAAAAGGACCAGGAAGCCGAAGGCCAGAAGACAAACAACGGCAUUCAAUAUAGGCUACAAUUACUUUACGCUAAUGGUAUCAGACAAGAGCAGGACAUAUUUGUUCGACUAAUAGACUCAGUGACCAAACAGCCAAUAGUGUAUGAAGGUCAGGACAAAAACCCCGAAAUGUGCAGAGUUCUACUAACACACGAAGUUAUGUGCAGUCGGUGUUGUGACAAGAAGAGUUGCGGCAACAGAAAUGAGACUCCUUCGGAUCCUGUUAUUAUAGAUAGAUUUUUCCUGAAGUUCUUUUUAAAGUGCAAUCAAAAUUGUUUGAAGAAUGCCGGCAACCCUAGAGAUAUGAGAAGAUUUCAAGUGGUAAUAUCAACGCAAGUGAUGGUCGACGGUCCGCUGCUGGCGAUAUCGGACAACAUGUUCGUCCACAACAACAGCAAGCACGGCCGGCGCGCCAAGCGGCUCGACCCGACUGAAGCGGGUCUAUAUCCCCCACUGCCCGUGGCGACUCCGUGCAUAAAAGCGAUCUCUCCCAGUGAGGGGUGGACGUCAGGCGGCUCAACAGUCAUCAUCGUAGGGGACAACUUCUUCGAUGGAUUGCAGGUCGUUUUCGGCACGAUGCUGGUUUGGAGUGAGUUAAUAACGUCGCACGCGAUCCGGGUGCAGACGCCGCCGAGACACAUACCUGGCGUCGUGGAAGUGACCCUAUCGUACAAAAGCAAGCAGUUCUGCAAGGGGGCGCCGGGCAGAUUCGUCUAUGUUUCGCUGAACGAGCCGACGAUAGAUUACGGGUUUCAGAGGCUACAGAAGCUCAUACCGAGGCAUCCUGGCGACCCGGAGAAGUUACCGAAGGAAAUAAUCCUAAAAAGAGCAGCAGACUUGGCAGAAGCGUUGUACUCCAUGCCUAGAAACAACCAGCUCGGUCUGGGCGCGCCUCGGUCCCCACCCGCGAGCAUGCCUUUCAACUCCUACACGGGCCAGCUAGCUGUCAGCGUCCAGGAUACGGCAGCAUCGCAGUGGACUGAAGAGGAGUACGCGAGGAGCGGCGGGUCGGUGUCUCCCCGGUACUGCUCGGCCGCGUCUACCCCCCACGCCGCGUCCUACCCGCACCCUCAACACUACCCCGCGCCGCCGACGUCGCUCUUCAACACUACCUCGAUGUCCCUGGGCCCGUAUCAUCCGGCGAACCUGAAUGGACAUUUAUCAUCUGACCAUCACCACUAUAACGCGUAUAACACGAAAGAUAGCGGGCAUUACAGUGAAAGAAACGAGAAUUCAAAAAGCUCGGCUGACUGUCCGGCAAACACUCAUACAAAAUGCACCGCGAGCGAUAUGAAAGGGGAGGAGAGUAAAGAGACUAAGCUAAGGAGCGCCUUUGCGGUCGUCAGGCAGAGUCCGCCGCGCGCCGCCAAUUUUCAACAUCAUCAGAACUGGCAACAUCUCGCCGUUCAGUGAAUGGGAGGUCUAGUAUCAUCGCCUUUUAGUGUAAACCCCUUCUCGCUGCCGACGUGUAGCGCGCAACAGUACGCGCAACAGGCGCAACUAGCCUCCAAGUAACACAACAUGUAACAUUGCAACCACAGCCUGUAACGUAAAUAAUGGUCCUUACUUGUAAAGUCGCCUGUUACAUCGCGUACAUGUUAUACCCAAAUAGUAAUGUGUAAAUUGAUUUUAGUACUUUGUAAAUAAAGUUGUAUUUUAUAUGUAAAUAGUAGAAUAAUUAUAGGAACUCACACUUAUUAGUUUCUUUGCUAGAUCAGUAAAACAAUGUAGAUUUUAUAUAAAUUAUAACUGAUGCCCAAAGUUAAAGUAAAUUAAUAACCUGCUCAAGUCUCGGGCACCGCAUCCAGAACCCACCAGAAAGAUUGUAUCGUAUGUCUUUUGUUUUUGUAACAUCUGUGAUAUAUUUAUUGUAAGAAACGUUGUAAAUUUUACUGUAAUUCAUGUGUAAAUUUCUUAUUAUUAGAACUAAUUUCAAUUCAUGGCUUUAGGUUUUGUGAAUGUGACUUCGUGUGUAAAUCUUAAAGUUUUAUUCGGUAGGUUUAUUUUGUGACAUUUUCCUAAUCGUUUAUGAAUGCAAAAACAGUCUCGUCGUUAAAAAUAAACGUAUCCUGUGAGGAAAAAGGUACAAAAAUUGUCUACGGAGUAAACCUACAUGAAUGUUGAUCAUAUCUAUAAAUCGAAACAAAACAUAUCCUGUUUGGUAAUGUACCCACAAAAUGGAAUUACGGAGCGGUAAAAAAAACAACGAAAAAGUCUAAGUUGAGGACAAUGUAUACGAAAAAUAUAAAUUUCCUUUAGAGCUCCUGAAGUGUAGGAGAUUUUCAUGGCUUUUCUUUCCGAAUAUGAAAUAAGUAGUCACGUAUAUUGUUUAUCAAUACUUAUGGUAUAAGAUUUGUACAUUGUAAUCGUUCAGGAGACAAAUUAUCACAAAAUACAAAAUUAAAGUUAUCUAUACUUACACAA